AUGGUAGCUGUUGGCUGCCGUGUUGAUGGGAGAGUCGAGACAGGCCAAGUAGAUUUCCAUCUAAAAAGGCUAAAUAGUGAAAUCGAAAAGCCAAAAGCUUCCAGAAUCAUGAGUAAGGUUUCAAUCGUCUGUACUGCGUAG